AUGUGUAUUAUAGAGGUCAUCAUUCUGUCUUUAUCGUUCGUUAAACGUAAAAAUAAGGAUAAAAUCUCUGACAGCGCUAAAAGCGUUCAAACUGGAUGUUACCUAGAUGAACAACAAGAGAAUGGAAAAUGGCUAAAAAAAAAAAGACAAUAUGGAAAAUGGAGUCCAAAUUCCAUGAAUACUGCUAUCAAAGAGUACUCGGAUUGUAAAAUAACGUUAAAUAAAUUAGAACGAAAAUACGGCAUUCCAAAAAAAACAUUUUUACGACAUUAUCGGAAUCAAGUUGCACGUGGAACAGAACGAGUUAAUAUGGAUUCCGUGAAUACCAGCUUUGACACGCGAUUAGCAAAUCAAAUAGUCGAACAAAAUUCUCUUCCCAAUCCUUUUAACAAGGAAACACAAACAGCUGGCAAAAAGUGGUAUUAUUCGUUUAUGAAACGUCAUCCAGAGUUAAGUCUCCGACAACCAGAAAAGCUAUCUAUAAGUCGUGUCAAAGAUGAAUCAGGUUUUCAAACUGUUCAGAAAAAAAAUCCGAAAGUUUUGGCAAUGAAAGGGAGAAAACGUGUAGGAGCUCUGACAAGUGCAGAGAGAGGUGUUAACACAACUGUGGUAUGUUGUACGAAUGCAGUUGGUGUAUUUAUUCCACCAAUGAUCAUCUUCAAAAGAUUACGUAUGGAUAUUUCUUUGGCAAGCGGUGCCCCUGCGGAAAGUCUUGUAGAAAUUUCAGAGACCGGCUACAUUAAUAGUGAACUUUUUCUGAAAUGGUUCAAGCACUUUCUGGCAUAUGUACGACCAUCUAAAGAAAAUAAAGUGCUUCUUCUAUUAGACGGACACACCACGCAUUCAAAAAAUCUGAAUGUUAUCAAUCUGGCAUGUGAAAAUGGAGUGCUGCUACUACAAUUGCCGGGUCAUACCACCCAUCGUCUCCAGCCUCUAGAUGUCUCAAUUUUUAAACCGUUUCAGUUAUAUUACGAUGAAGCAGUAGUGAAAUGGCACAGAACCAAUCCUCCUCCUCCUCUGAGACAGUGCCACGUGUCUACUUUACUCUCUGAAGCCUAUCUAAAAAUAGCAACAAUGAGCAACGCCGUGAAUGGCUUCAAAGCUACAGGUAUAUGGCCGGUAGAUCGUCAUAUCUUUAACAACACUGAUUUUAUAGCAGUUGAUACAUUAAUGUCGCCAGAAAAUUGCCAAUCACCAGAAAAUGAGAUUGAAGAAACAAUAGAAGGAAUUAAUAUUCAUGCUUGUUCAACUGAAAACAAUUAA